AUUAAUAGGUGGCACUGAAAGGCAGCUCAGAUGGGCACUGAUAUGUGGCAUUGAUGUGAACUGGUAGGCACUGACAGCUGGCAUUGAUGAGCACUGACAGCUGGCAUUGAUGGACACUGACAGGUGGCACUGCUGGGGCUACACUGAUCAUCAGGGCACACUGAUCAUCAGUGCCCUGAUAAGUGCCCAUGUCCCCGUGACAACUCGUGAGGAGAGAAAUGCCGAUAACCAGCAUUUCCCUAUUUACAUGUGAUCAGCUGUGAUUGGACACAGCUGAUCACAUGAUCGAGCCGAUAUCUUUGGC